GAGAGGGAGAGGGAGAGAGACAGAAUUCGGAGGGUAUGCGUAACGCAUGUUUCCACACUUUCCACAGUCAUGUCAAUUCGUGUUCGUUAGAAAUGUCGAUGGAUACACGUAUGCAGUAAUGUGCACCGCUAUACAUACGUAAUCACGAACGCUUAUCAUAAUGAGACUCUCACACCGCGGAGAAAAGGAGGAAACAUAGCGUUUGAAGAGAAAAAUAGAAAAAAAAGAAGUAAAACGCCGGUCGAUCUCGCCAAUCUCUGCUUUCCAUUCCUUGUUUCGAUUGAAUCGGAGUUAUAAUGACAACACCUAUGUGCGAGGAUGGUGGACCGUUGAGAGAGUGGGCGCCACUCGCCGUCCUUCUGCAACAGAUACCUGCCAAAAUGCAAAAUGGUAUUUUUACACAAGACAUCAGUUUUACCUGUAUUGAUGCUCUAACCGAGUUUAUUGCCAUUGGAACAAAUCAUGGGCUCAUUUAUUGGUACAAUAGAGAAAAACAGGAUCUGCAGAGAUUACGUUGCGAGAAUGUAAACUCCAAAAUUACGAGUGUACAAGUGAUCUCUACAGUUGAUUAUAUGGUUGCAGCAGGCAAUGAACAUGGCGUUGUUACAGUUUUUCAAAUUCCCAAAAAUCCGCCAGACUCAUUGCCAAACAGUUUAAAACCAAAACAAAAGAAGCAGGUCGAAAGGUACAGCAUAAGUGGCUUGCAUAAUACUGCAGUGACAGCAGUGGAGUGGUCUAAGAAUGGUAUGAAAUUAUUCAGUGGAGAUAAAGAUGGUUUAGUAGUUUUAACAGAGAUUGAUUUUUAUAUGCAUUUAUCGAAAUCAUCGAAAUUGUUGAACGAAAAAUAUUCAGUGGUACAAUUGAGCUAUCAACAAGGCUUGCUAUUAGUCUCGACAACGUUACGUACAAUUUUAGUGAACAGAAAUGAAAAUGGAAAAGUGACACAAGUUGGUCAAAAAGAACGUAAAACAUUAGGUAAAUUAGGAGCAGUGUUUGGUUCUCGACAAAUUUAUAUGCAAGAACCGCUAAUCUAUGCAAGUAGACCAGGAUUACGUUUAUGGCAAGCUGAUAAGGCUGGGACUGUACUGAAAACACUCAUAUUUAAGGAUGCAGUUAGAUCGGGUCAUACAGAAGUGGCGUUAUUAAAUCCUGCACCCGAAGGAUCGAAAAAGAAUCGUGGCGAACCCUCGUUUGGCAUCGUGUUACCGUUUUAUGAUGAUUUAUUAAUAACGUACUGUGAUGACGUAGUUUACGUAGUAAAUCCGAAUACUAUUGCAAUAACAUCGAUUGUAAACGAUUUACGGCACGUUACCGAUGUAGCUUGCACUAAAGACGAAAUAUUUAUAUUGGAAGGAGAAAGAAAUAUUUUGCGAAUUUCCUAUUACCCGGAAAAUGAUAUUUUUACAGAAGAAACAAAAAAGACAAUGGAUUCUUUAUUAUCAUUUGCUGAAUACAGUAAACCUGUUACUAAUGGUAUAUUAGAACUAACUUCGAAAUUAAAAGAAAGUAAUAUAGUGCCAGCUAUUCCUUUUCCUAAAAUCGAUCCAACCAAUAUUAUUCAAUCUGUAGGCAUUGUGCCAACUGUUGGUAUCGAUACUGAUGACGUGGUUAUAAACGCAGAAGAAGCUGUGGAAGUGCCGCCGAUAGUCCCAAUAGAUAUAAAUACUCCACUUGUAACUAAUAUUAACAAAAUACCAGAAUACAAUGAUAAUAAUAGAAUAAAAAAUGCAGAAGACGUAAAGAACAACGAUCGUCGAGAAAUAUUCCAAAGAAUUGGUCAACAGGAAUUCGAGGACGUCGUUUUCACACCCGAAAGAAAACAGAAAAAAUUUCGAAAUAAAGUAAUGAAUGGAAGCGAAAGUGUUACAAUGUUAAAUGGCACUGAUUUAUCGAGCAGUCUAAGCACCGAUCAUGCGAACACCAACAAGACAAUGACGACCCAUUCCUCUUUAAUGCAAAUUAGCUUUGAUGAUGAUUUUAUAUUGAAGCCGGAUAGAGAUUUAGAAACGAUUCAACGCGAUGUGGAAGACAAGGAGAAGCUGUUAGCAGAUCUUCUGGAUUUUGAUUUGUCUAAAUAUAUGACAAGUAGUCGAAUAGACAAGGAUGAUUUGAGUAUAUCUAAUCAUAUGGAUACUAUAACAUGCAUCAAUUGUAACAUACAAUCCAACAAUGUGGUGAACGAAGAGGAAUCAAUUACGAAUGAUGAAAAUGAAAUUGUCGAACAGAGCGAUCAUACGGGAACUGAAUCAGGAGAUGAAGAUGUCAGUUAUCGCACCGAAUUAAAGCGAUUAGAAGAACUCGGGGAAUGUAGGAAGAUUCUUUUACAAAAUAAAUUGGAUGAGACUCCACCAACUGGUAAUAAUUUCGUCGAUAUUCGAAAAAAAUCGUCCACAAAUCAAGAUGAAUUAGAACAUCAAUUUAACGCUCUGGCAAAAGAAUGUGCCACAUCUGUUGUUGAAGAAGAAGAAGAUUGGGUUUUAGUCAAGGACGAUAUACCAUCGAUUAUAUUUUAA